CUCACACACACUCCACAGGCUGCAGAUGAAGUUUGCUCUCAGUCUGCACGGUGCACCGGGACUUUACAUGAAUUCACACUGAACCCUCCACACUCUCCAUCUCCUCUCUGACAUGUCGCCAUGUUCCGUGCAGCCUCACAACCCGCAGACUUGCUCUGGGUGAUUUUACUGAGCCUGCUGCUGGUACCGGAGAGCGGCUGCAGAGGAGCCGGGGCGGACAGCUGUCAUGAGGUGAAGACGGCCUACAUGAUGAGACAGAUCGGCCCCGUGGAGCUGGUGCCAGACUCACCGGGAACAGACGAGUCUCUCCGAGUGUGCGUCCACCCCGGGCCCACCUGCUGCACCAGUAAGAUGGAGGACAGCUACAUGGCGGCGGUUCGCAGCGAGACGCAGCAGAAGAUGCAGUCGUACAGCUUCGAACUCAAGUACCUGAUCGCUGGAAACACCAAGGCUUACCAAGAGACCUUUGAGUCGCUCGUGUCCUUCAUGUCGAACAUGACCAGCUCCCUGUUCGACAGCGCCUACUCCACCCUGGUGUCCGACAGUCGCCCCCUUGUGUUUCAGCUGUUCGACGGCAUCAAACGCCACCUCUCCGGAGAAUCGAAUUCCUCACUGGAGAACACCGUACGUCGAUUCUACAACGAUCUCUUCCCAUUGGUUUACCGACGUCUGCUCAACCCCGGGAUCGGCCACAUGUCCCACCAGUCCCCCGCCUCCACCACCCACGAUGACUGCCUGCGGAUGACGAGGCAGGACGUCAGCCCGUUUGGACCCCAUCCUCGCCUCCUUGUCAGCAGCCUGUCCCGUGCUCUCGGGGUCGGCCGGGCAUUGAGCCGACUCCUCAGACUGGCCGGUGAGGUGGUGAACGCGACCGAGAAGGCGACGCUAUCCAGAGAGUGUGGCCGAGGCUUAGUGAGGAUGCAGUACUGCUCCCACUGCAGAGGGCUGACGCUGAUCCGGCCCUGUACCGGACUGUGUGUCAACGUGAUGAGAGGAUGUCUGGUCGGUGUAUCAGAACUCGGCGCCCCCUGGGGGAGUUUGGUGGUAUUGCUCCAACGGCUAUCCGCCACUUUAGCGACCAGCAGCAACCACAACAGCAUGGAGUUGGCUCUGCUAGCGGUCCGAAACCACGUGAACGACGCCAUACUACACGCUCAGCUGCAUGGGCCGCGCAUCACCGCCACGGUCGAGAAGGUAUGUGGCCCACAGGAGCCUGGUCCCAUGACCACAAGUUCAAAACCCACCACCUCCCAUGUUACAGCCUCAGUGACCCCCGCGACAUCACUGACCUCAGAGAGGUCGACUGUGACCUCACCUCCGUCAGCCGCUCAUCAACGUCCGCAGCAACAAACCAGGAGGUUGUUCCCUCUCAAAGGAUCCAGAGGUGACAAGAGUCGAAGCCUGAAAAAACUGUCGAGGGAGUUUGAGGGAUCUAUCCAGCGGUACCAGUGGUUUUUCUCCGAGCUGCCAGAGAUGCUGUGUGAGAGCGAGAUGGAGGUCGAGCAGCACACGUGCUGGAGCGGCCAUGACGUGGCAGAGAGUUACACAGGUCGCGUGGUCGGCAGCAGCUUAAAGGCCCAAAGGGAAAACCCAGAGAUGACCGUCCGUAAUACAGACCCUGUCCUGAAGGGGGCCAAGCAGAGGCUGGAGCAGCUCACACAGGAGCUGUUAGUGGAGCUCGGCUGGGCGAGCAAAGCCAGAGGAAGAGUGGAGGAAGAGGAGGGAGGGAGCGCAGACACAGAGGGAGGCAGUGGGAACGACUGCGAUGAUGAAGAUGGCUGUGAAGCAUCUGGCGAGGAGAACGGUGACGAGACGGGUCAUUCAGCCAGUGGUCACAGUCCAGAGACGAAGAAGGAAGCUCGGCCUCCUCUUCUUCAUCGCCCCGUCCCUCCUCAUCACCUCUCACCUCCACAGGUGGUCGUCCGCGGCUCAGCUCACAUCGUGGCUGUGGAGCCUCUGACCCUGGUGACCCCACUGCUCCUCCUGCUGUCCACAUGGGAACCACGCUGACCGCCGCGAGACAGAUCCCGGGACAGAGACAGAAGAGACAGAAGAGACAGAAGAGACAGAGAGACGACCCCAGACUGUAUGUUUGGUGGUGGUGGUGGUGGAAGUUUUCGUAAGCACAGCUAAACCCCCCCCCGAUCGGGGGGUCCAGCUUGUGGCACAGACUGUGGGUUUGUCACAGUUGCAGUUGCACAGUUUGCAUUUUUAUAUUACCUGUACUGACCUCUACAUGUGUGUACUUGUAUUUAACUCUAUUAAGAUAGUUUGCACAGCACUAGCUACUUUUUUUUUUGAAGAAAGAUGUAAAUACAAAUAUAUAUAUUAUAUAUUUAUAUGAAGAGUUUCUAUAGGUAACUAUGGCUUGAUGUGUAAAUAGAGAUUAAUAUAGAACAGAGCAGACUGACUUGGACUCAAUGGGCCGUUUGGUUUGGUUUGACCUUCACAUCUGAAGUCAAACCAGCUUCAGAUUGACAGUGAAGGAACUUUGGUGACGAUUUAUCAAGUUUAAGAAAACUCAGAACACAGAGAUGAAUUCAGGCUCUUUCACACCUGAAAGUCUGGACCAUGGUCUGAACUAAGAUUCAUGUCGUUACAUUUUAUUUACAUUUAAUCUGGUUCGUGAACUGGUUGAUCUGCAGUUGAGGGAGCGAACUAAACAUCGGGCGCGGUACCAGUUAGGUUCACUAGUGUAGGUUGUGUUGUGGCUCAGACUGAACUGAGACGUCUGAACCAAACAAGGAAGGUGUGAAAGCGCCCUGAGGCUGGUCAUUGAUACUCAUGUGUACUUAUUCUUUCUCAAUAGGCAACAACCAAUUAUGUGAUACUUCAGACCACGGAGCAUGAACAAUUUGACUGUUGGUCGGCAAGUCUGUGCAGACUGAAACCCUGACGGCCCUUUGUUUAAACACAAACUCUUCUGUUCACAGAAGCUGAAUGAUUAUUAUUGUUAUUUAGCUUUUUUAGAAAUUAAAUUCCAUCAAACAUUACUCGACGUUCUCUCCUUGUAAUUUACCUUUUGGUGAAUAAAUCCUUUCGAAGCAGUUGUUGAGAAAAAUGGGAAGAGACUGUUCUGUGGAUGCACAGUGGGCAGAGAUGUAAAAACACUACAGGGAACGGCUUUCAUUUCAAAUUCAAUUUCACUUGCAAGCUUCAAGGAAGCUCUGUUGGAAAUGAAAACAAACACCCAGCAGAAGAAAAAAGACUGAAUAUCACCAUCAGUUAAAAGUCAGAAACAAUCAUCUGCCUGAACAGUGAAUAAUAAUCUGACAUUUCAUCGUCAUUUAUUAUUAAACUCUGAGCAGCCACAGUCAUUCAAAGGGUGACUGGUCUGCAAGUGCAUGAAUUCAAACUGAGAUAAUAUAUAUGUGACAUUUAAUAAGAUUUGAAGGGUUAAUACGUGUUUUAUCAGCUCGUCUCCGAGGAAGACAACAGACGAGAGAAUCCAGGGAGUGAUCAGAGUCGAGCUGAGCCCAGAUCCAAACAUGUGAAUCAACUGUGAUUCACGUUAAUUACGAUUAUCGAGUCCUUCCGGCUCUUUGUGAAGUCUCACCCCCUAAACACCUCACAGCAGCUGGGGAGACAACUGGAAUAAUUAUUUAAAUAUAUUCGCAACUGAAGGGACAACAUGUGCAUUUCUGUAACUGGGAGACGGAUUUCCUUUUCUACAACAGAGUACGAGGGACGUGUUAGAAGAAAGUCAUUAGGAGGUUGCGAGAAUAAAGUUGUAAUAUUACCAGAACAAGGAAAAGUCGUAAUUGUAUGAUAAUAAAUUCAUAAUUUAUUAUCAUAUAACAGGGGGAAUAUCAGAACAUCAGUCUUUUGUCUGUGUUUAAAUGAGGAACGUGGAGCAUCUUGUUAGGUUAUAUUUGUUAUAGGUCUCACAAAUAACAAUCUUUUUCAUUUUGGACACAUUAUUAUAAGUAUCAGGUCUUUGAGACAUCGAUUUGGUUCCAGAUUUUGGAUCCAGAAGGAGUGAAAUCUAAAAAAAAUAUUGUUUACGACUUUAUUCCCAAAUCUCAGAUGAGUUUUUCCUCAACAUGGCCCUAAUCCGCCGUCGUACUUACAUGUGCAUACUGCGCUGCGUGUGAUGACCGGCUCAGAUAUGCCUUAGGUUUCACACUGCAGCUUCAAUUACAGUCAUUUUUGUCUUUGAUUUUCUGCCACAAAAGAGCAAAACUCUCCUGAAAGUGUCUCGCUGACACUAAACCGAGACAGUUAUCCAUAAAGGAAUGUAACUGGAGGAUGAGACACCUUUAGAAAUACCAUAGAGAGCUCAGGGCUGCGAGGUAUCCAGGCAACAAGCCCAGAUACCAUGUGAGGUAGAGGGAGACUCUCACAACGUAAUCUGUCAAACAAACAUGCUCUUAAUUAAUUAUGGUUUAAACGUUAUUCCCACAUCAGAUGAGAUAUUGGACUCCAGCCAACCACGUCAUCUUUCCCUUUAGCAGGUGACCUUGUGCAUCAACAUGCAAAAAUAGCGAACUUAACUGUUGAUAUAUAUAAAAUGUAUAGAUAUACACUAUUCAACAACCUGGAAUAAUACUAGUGUGGGCUAACGACAGCAAUUUAGAGACUUUUAAAAUGUAAAAAAAUAUAUAUUUUCAUAUCUUUUAUAUGCUUAUAAACUUUGUAUGGAAUGAAAUAAUCAGCAGCUACAGCUGUUUUGAGUUGAAUUCAAAUAAAACCGUCUGGAGGAUGAAGAUAAAGCCGAUAAGUCGUCGCUCUGUGCUCAGUCACUUGGUGGCUACAACUUGAAAUGUUGAGAAAUCUUUGAUGUGUGUGUGAAACUUUCAUUUUGAAGUUGCACAGAACUUACUUCCUCUUGUUUUUCUGGUGCCGUGCUGCUGUAAUGUUUACAUUAAAUAAAACCAUUACAUUUACCCUAACUUAGUUUAGCAUUGCUAAUUUCUUUGGUUGUAAUACUGUGCAGGGCCACCAGGAUGCAAUGAACAACCAGUGAGCAGCUUUGGUUUCUCUCACAGUGCUAAUGUAAAACUAAAUUAUAUAAUUGAAAACAUGAAUAAACCUCCUGUAACACAUGUGUCCUGCUCUGUUGUGUCAAUAAUCAACAGUUUUAUAACCUUUUAAUAAUAAAUGUGUGUUAUCAAA